AUACUUUUUACUUUUAGGUUGGUGUUUGGAAUGCUUUAUCCUGCCUAUUAUUCAUACAAAGCUGUGAAAACAAAAAAUGUGAAGGAAUAUGUUCGAUGGAUGAUGUACUGGAUUGUUUUUGCUCUCUAUACAGUGAUUGAAACAGUAGCAGAUCAAACAGUUGCUUGGUUCCCCCUAUACUAUGAGCUUAAGAUUGCUUUUGUCAUAUGGCUGCUCUCUCCCUAUACCAAAGGAGCAAGUUUAAUAUAUAGGAAAUUCCUUCAUCCACUUCUUUCAUCAAAGGAAAGGGAGAUUGAUGAUUAUAUUAUACAAGCAAAGGAACGAGGCUAUGAGACUAUGGUAAACUUUGGGCGGCAAGGUUUAAAUUUAGCAGCUACUGCUGCUGUCACUGCAGCAGUGAAGAGCCAAGGAGCAAUAACGGAACGUUUACGAAGUUUCAGUAUGCAUGAUCUAACAGCUAUCCAAGGUGAUGAGCCCGUGGGACAAAGACCAUAUCAACCUCUACCAGAAACAAAAAAGAAAAGUAAACCAGCCUCUGGUGAAUCAGCAGGUUAUGGAAUUCCACUGAGAGACGGAGAUGAGAAAACAGAUGAAGAAGUGGAUGGGCCAUAUUCAGAUGAUGAGAUGUUAACACACAAAGGGCUGCGAAGAUCACAAAGCAUGAAAUCUGUGAAAACCGUGAAAGGCCGAAAAGAGGUGCGGUAUGGGUCAUUAAAAUACAAAGUGAAGAAGAGACCACAGGUGUAUUUUUAGCCAUGUACACUUCAAGUAUCCCAAGACAAAUUAUACUAAUACAUUAAUUUUUUUCUAACAUCAUAUAUUCAGGAUUUAUACACUAAAAUAAUUCUUUAAAUUGUGGCGGUGAUAGGAUUUACUUUCAUCAAUUUAAAUAGUCUUUAUUUCUUUAACAAUUACUUCCAAAUCUAAGGUAGUUAUGCAAAUAUAUAUGUGUGCAUAUAUAUAUCAGAAAUAAUAGAAAACUGUGUAAUUGAUUUUCAAAUUCCUCAAAAACAUUAGGUGCCUGGGAUACAAGAUGAAACAUAAAACCCACGGUAUACUUGAAAAGAGUCUUUUUAUGGUUCAAGAUACAUCAGCCUUUGUGAUACUGUAUUGUAUUUACCUCCACUUACGUUAUCUAUCACAUGAGGAUAGAAAUUAAAUAGGCUUCUGAUUCAGCAGUGAUAGGACAAGGGUAUAAUGUAAGAUAAAAUGUUCUAUAUAUUCUUAAAUUUUUUACUUUGUUAAUACUUUCUAGUUUUUCCACCAUCAAGUGAAAGUUUUCAAAACAAAUAUUUGAAAACCAGGUAUCUAUAUAGCACUUUUAUUCCUAACUAGUUUUGCACACUUGAAAAUUGUUUACUUAUUUUACAACUGUACGUUUAUUUUAAGUUUUAUUAACACUAACUUUGUUAUUUGCCAUAUUCUGACAUGUCAAAUUUACGCCUUGAAUUACAUCAUCUCUUUUCCUGUAGGUUUCACUAGUUACAUUCAUUUGAUUUUAAUAAUAAAAAAAUAGAGCAUGUUGUUCAAUUUUAACUACUUUUACUUAACUUCUUUACAGAUAAGAAAUUAUUGUAAACACUUACCGGUUUCUCAUGUUUAGCUCUAUGUUGUAGUUGAAUUUAGCAUGUUUUUGUUAACAUUGGUUACAUUUUCAGCUUUUAAAAGCGGUAGGUUUUGUGAAAUGGAGUCAGACACCAGAAUAGCAUUUAGGUAUCUUCUAAUUCAUGAAAUUAUCCAACAGUCAAUCCUUUCAAGCUUGGCACUGUUACGAGCUGCUGAUUUAUAAAUCUGGCAUUGAUUAGAACCAUUUGCAUUGCUUCCGUUCUGGCUGAGAUAAUUUCCUGAAGUUACAUGCCAAUGCAGAAUACAAAUGUUGUUAAUCUUACAUAUUAGAAGUUAUUAGAAUAGAUUUUAGAAAAAAAGUCUUUUUAAUCCAAGAGAUUUUAAGUUACUGAACUUUGAGGCUUUUUUAGGUGGCAUAGAUAACUACGCAUUAUGAACUCUAAGUCAGGGUAUCUCUGGUGAUGGUUUUAGUGAUCAGUAAUCAGAUUUGUACAAUUAUCCUUGUUCAUAUAAUUUACUGGAUUGUUCUGCUUAUUUGUCCAAAAGAAAAAACAAUGAGGGAGAUUUGUGAGAUCUUUGACCUUUCUACCUUUUAAGAAAUAAAGCCAGCUGGCAAUGUAUAUUCAGGACCUCCUCAGAGUGCUGGUAGAGGACAGAAUGUUUAUUCAAGAGUACCUUAGUAUAAUUCAUACAAUUCUCUUGAUACAAGUCUUAAAAUGUUUUUGAGAUUAUCUCACGUUCUUGAUCUGCAACACCAAGUAAAAAUUCAUUCAACUUAUUUUCCCCAAAGUUUAAUUCUAUGAAUAUCUUCCUCUACUUUACCUUGACUAAUUUUUAGCUUCUUGGUUUCUGAAAAUACUCUUUGCGUUCAAAAUUCUUAUGAAUUCUGAUUAUAAACUCUUGGCAGAGUGUUUUAUUUAUAUUGCCUAGUACUAGACUAACAAAUACAAAUGCUACGUACACCAUGCUUGUCUUUCCUACAUAAGGGCAGUGUCAUCUCAAAUUGCCCGACAAGGUCACAUAAGUGACUUUGUAUCAAAAACAUUACCUUUGGGGGCUGAUUUGCACGACUGUACUUUUUUCAAGUCUAAUUUCAGUAUUAAACCUAUUCUUUAAUUACAGUAAGCUCAUAAAUACUGUCCUAAAUUGGAGGAAUUAUUUAUCCUUCUACACUUUUAAAACGAAAACGUUUAAUCAAUUAGGGCAACACCAGUCUCAAAAACGUAAUGCUAGUCCUUCUGUUUAAUUGCAUCUCUUCAUAUUCACAACACUUCCUCUGAUGUAUUUGUUACAUCCUUACACACAGUCAAUGUCAUUUCGCUGUUCUAUCAUUUCCUUUCUUUCUUUUUCUUACAUUUCUUAAAUUUUGCUUCUUUUCUCUUAUAUGUGUUUUAGCAUGCCCUUUCUUUUGAAUUUUGUAUAAUAAGCUUAUAAAUUUUCAUUUCUUUUAAGAUAGAACAGGUUAGUUUUUGUUUCUUGGCUUUUAAAUCUAAUGCUUUUAGAGGUAAAUGUAUCCCUAGACCACAGUGCCUUGCUUCCCACCACCACCACUUGGUGAAUGGGCAUUAGAUGCUGCACAAGCCUUUAGGGCACUGUUUUGGUAGCUGUAAAGUUUACCCAGAAAUUGUAGUCAGUGUUUUAUUAUGUAUUCAUUCAAUUUGUUCAUGAAUAUUAACUAUUUCCAGAGUUUGUUUGAAAGUAAGAAUCAAUCUGUUCUUUAGUUUACCGUAAUUUUUCUGGUAUAAAAAUGAGUCUGAAUUAAGCCUUAUUGCUAAGUAAUUAAUUAUGUAAACCCACCUAGACCCCACAUAAGAUUCCCUCCUUGACUUCACUAAUGUAUAUACAUGGAUUUGGCUAGAAAAUGAUGCUGCCAGCAUUCUAAUUAUAAAUACUUGACUGCACAGAUUGAUGGAACAAAAUUAUUGAAGUGUUUUCAGGGAACUUAAUCCAUAUGCCACCACCAAAGAUUUCUACAGUGUUAUAAAGUAUGUAAAUAUUCUAAAUUUCUGUAAAACAUUGAUUAGAUGAAUAUAUUUGCUUUCUUUCUUUUUAUUUUUUAUUUUUUGGGGUAACACAGUUUGUGCACUGGAAUGCUCGAACAUUUGUAUUGUUAAAAAUAAUACAAUACUAUCUUAUGUUAAAUAUUAGUAAUUUGUAUUGUUUAAUCGGAAUGGACUAAAUUUUUAUUUUGUCAGGAAAGUUAAGGAGUUAAUAUGUAUUGAAAAGCAAUUUCCUAUGUUUUCUGCUGUGUAAGUUGAUUCAUUUGCAAAGCAAUUAGAUACAUUUUGACAAGAUUAUUGUUAUAGCUGUGUGCAGUGUAUAUUUCUUAGUCAACAUUGUUCAAGAGUAAAGCUUUCUGAAAAGAAAGUACAGCCUUUUUUCUCUUAAUGUUUUUAAGAUUUAAUCUUCUAAUAGUAUCCUGCAGAUUUAACGUAUAUUAACUCUUUAAACUUUGACCAUGAAGUAACAUCUUCUCCUCUAACACCUUUUAAAUCUCUGUACUUCAGUAGUUAACAAAAAAUCAGUUUUGCGAUUUUUUAAUCUCUUUGUAAAGGCUAUCUUUAGGCCUAGUAUGGGGGUAAUUUUACAAAUGUGUUUUUUUUUUGAAAACUUUAAUAUAAAAUAAACUCAUUCUAUAAGUGA